CCAUGCGCAGAGCAGAGUUUCAAAUAGCUUCGCCUUCGCCGUCGAGGCUCUAACGGCGCACGCGCAAGAGGGGACGAGCGCUGAGCGGGCAGGCCCCGCCUGCUUUCCCUGUCUGCGCUUGCGCAGCGAGGGUCCUGUGGCUAGAGGGGACCGGGCUGCCCCUCCCCAAAUCCGGAGGAACCGGUUUGGGCUGCUGGCAUUAAGGGGUGAUGUCUGAAGUACCCAAGCAUGUGGAAGCUGGGAGCUCAGAGGACAUUGGCUUUGAGGAGGAGAAGGAGGAGGGGACUUCGACCGGUGUCUCCACCAUGCACGAGGAAGAGGAUGAAUCUGAAGCUACAUCCGUAUCUUCCGGAGACAGCAGCCCCCCUACCCCAUCAGCCCAAAGCCUUCCAGGCCCCCGGAGCAAAGAGCCGCAGGCGACAGUCGGGGAGCCGGUGGACGAUGGCGGAGAGGUUGGGCAGGAUCAGCUGAGCUCUUCGCUGGCUCCCAGCCCUGAGUGGCACGAAUGCCCCGAAUGCGGCCGUGGCUUCGGCACUUCGCGCGCCCUGAAGGUGCACCGCAGCUACCACGAGGGGCGCAAGCGGCCACACAGCGGCUCCUCUUCCUCCAAACAGCCACCGCCUCUGAUCCUGCCCAGUAACCCCAACAACCAGGAAGGGCGAGCAGCCCCCACCUCUGGCCGGGGCCGAGUUUUUCACUACAUAUGUGCCGAGUGCGGCCUGGGCUUUGCCUCCCCGGCCACCCUGGAGGGCCAUCGCUGCGAACACGGCUGGUGCUGGAGCCCCCCGCCCGCUCCCCAUAACAAGCUCCCCCCCUCCCCCACCCUGAGGGAGGCCAACGGGGACCAGGACACAGAUGGGGCCGACGGACCGUACCACUGCACCGAGUGCCCGGGGGAGUUUGGCUUGGUGUCAGAACUUCACGAGCACUACAUGCUCCAUGCCCGAGGAGAGCUGUAGAUCACAUCUUUUCUGCCCCUCCCCAACCCCACUCCCUAAUCUAAUCAGUGGCGCCUGCCGAGGGAUCUGUCUGGCCAGGACUCUGGGAGAGAAGUGAAACCUCCUUCAUUUUUUUAUUUUUUGAGGUCCUCUUAGUUUCAUUCUAUUUUUCUAAAAUGAAUUUAGCAGGAGGAGAGGAGAGUUGGGAGGGUACGCGGUUGCUUCGGAGCAAUCCCUCCUGCUUGCCCUGCCUCCUCAGAGUAAGUGUAGCAAACGCAGGAGCCCCCUGCCCACCUGCAGGGAAGGGAGCUGUUGCCUUCUCCCUGCCCCCACAGAGAGGAGCUAUCUACAGGUGUGGCGCCUGUAUGUCCUAGCUAAUUAUUCCCCAAAGGGAGCCCAUGUCAAUGGGCUUUUUGCAAUGGAAGCACUAAGCAGUAUUGGGCGUGUUGCUCAUUCUUAAACAAUUGAACCAGGAGAGAUUUUAUUCCAGGCCUAUCUCAAGGUUGAGGGAGGAGGAAGGGGCUGGGUUAGAAAGGCAUGUCCUGUGCACAAGGGUCCUGCAUCCCUGCUGCCCACCCUCUUACUGUGUAGACAGUCCCCUCCCCAAUUUAGGUGCCCAUCCUCUCGCUCGUCACCAUCUUUGGCACCUGGGUGGUCCAUGCUGAACCGAAGCUGUGUUCCGUCUGUCUCUGUGUGUGCGUGUGCGUGUGUUUGGCUUUUCAAAGAGAGCGGCUUCUAGAGACGGCAUCCAUUCAGCAUCAAUCAUGAAUAUUAACAACCUCUCUUUGCAGUAGCUGGGAGAGUCGGUUUAAUAAAAGUGAUUCUGUAUGUGUGA